CUCAAAGAGGACUAGCACGGCCUAGCACGGCUUCGCUGUUCAUCUGGGCAAACACAGGCGAGCAUUUCCAUUGGCCUGUAGCAAGGGUCCGUGCCGAUCAAGCAACGAACAGCAGUACAGCUUCCACCAUUUUAUAUCCACCUCGGUGUCGCGCCCCUCUUCAUCCCACCUCUCUCACGACCGACCUGCGACAAUGAGCGGCGCGGGCCAAGAGAACCGCUGGCGGCGGCCAGGACAGGGCAAUCGCCAGAACCAAGACCGUACCAACAGCCCCGCCAUGAACGCCUCCACCACCGGAUCCGCCAAAGACGCCGGGCGACAACAAGCUAUGUCGGCGCUCUCGGGGAAUGCCUGGGCGGGUGGAAACAAGGGCAAGCAGUCGCAGGCGGAGCUGGGACAUGUUCCUGUGCGCGACUUCAACGCGAACGAAGUCCGGGAUUUCUUGAAGAAGAAAUAUAUCGAGAGCACUGCUGACCAACCGGCUGUAUAUCACAAGGUCCAAGGCGACUCGGUGGCGAAGAGGAGCAGCGGGGCUUGGGGGUCGAGGGGCAACAUGUCGCACCUCAUGCCCUCGGGACAGGACUUCUUCACGCAGCUCAAGAAGCAGCUCGUGACUAUCGACCAGGCCAAGUCGGCUGCACAAUGAUGUGAAGCGACAUGACAUUGGAUGGGCAUUUGCAGGAGUUCUUGGACCAGGAUAUUGGUGCAUGUUCCAUGGCGGUAAAACAACAUGGCAGAGCACAUGUACCUCACUAAAGGAGUUGGGAGUUUUUGGGUAAGGAAUUUGUGUGGAAUGGGCAGUCGAGCGAUACCUUUCUGCUUUCUGACAGCGUUCUCUGUGGCUUACCUGUUAGUCGGGGC